GUGACUGCCCGGGUGCUCGCCGCCGCCGCAGCCGGGAGACGCGCCAGCCUCCCCCGCGGGAGCCGCUCGCUCCGCGUCCGGGCAUCCGAAGGGAGAGGAGCCUGCGCCUCGAGUCCCCGAGCCGCCUCGGCUUCUCGCCUUUGCCGGCCACCCGCCCCCGGCUCCGGGCCCGCGUAUGAAUCUCCUGGACCCCUUCAUGAAGAUGACCGACGAGCAGGAGAAGGGCCUGUCCGGCGCCCCCAGCCCCACCAUGUCCGAGGACUCGGCGGGCUCGCCCUGCCCGUCGGGCUCCGGCUCUGACACUGAGAACACCCGGCCCCAGGAGAACACGUUCCCCAAGGGGGAGCCGGACCUCAAGAAGGAGAGCGAGGAGGACAAGUUCCCCGUGUGCAUCCGCGAGGCCGUCAGCCAGGUGCUCAAGGGCUACGACUGGACGCUCGUGCCCAUGCCGGUGCGCGUCAACGGCUCCAGCAAGAACAAGCCGCAUGUCAAGCGGCCCAUGAACGCCUUCAUGGUGUGGGCGCAGGCGGCGCGCAGGAAGCUCGCCGACCAGUACCCGCACCUGCACAACGCCGAACUCAGCAAGACGCUGGGCAAGCUCUGGAGACUGCUGAAUGAGAGCGAGAAGCGGCCCUUCGUGGAGGAGGCGGAGCGGCUGCGCGUGCAGCACAAGAAAGACCACCCGGAUUACAAGUACCAGCCAAGGCGGAGGAAGUCGGUUAAGAACGGGCAGGCAGAGGCCGAGGAGGCCACGGAGCAGACACACAUCUCGCCCAACGCCAUCUUCAAGGCGCUGCAGGCGGACUCGCCGCACUCCUCCUCCGGCAUGAGCGAGGUGCACUCGCCCGGCGAGCACUCGGGGCAAUCCCAGGGCCCACCGACCCCACCCACCACGCCCAAAACCGACGUGCAGCCAGGCAAAGCUGACCUGAAGCGAGAGGGGCGCCCCCUGCCAGAGGGGGGCAGGCAGCCUCCCAUCGAUUUCCGCGACGUGGACAUCGGCGAGCUGAGCAGCGACGUCAUCUCCAACAUCGAGACCUUCGACGUCAACGAGUUCGACCAAUACCUGCCGCCCAACGGGCACCCGGGGGUGCCGGCCACGCACGGCCAGGUCACCUACACCGGCAGCUACGGCAUCAGCAGCAGCGCCGCGGCGACUCCGGGCGCGGGCGCGGGCCACGUGUGGAUGUCCAAGCAGCAGGCGCCCCCGCCGCCGCCCCCGCAGCAGGCGCCCCCGCAGCCCCCGCAGCCGCAGCAGGCGCCCCCGCAGCCUCAGCAGGGGCCCCCGCCCGCGCAGCAGGCGCCUCCGCAACCGCAGCCCACGCACACGCUGACCACGCUGAGCAGCGAGCCGGGCCAGGCGCAGAGAACGCACAUCAAGACGGAGCAGCUGAGCCCCAGCCACUACAGCGAGCCGCAGCACUCGCCGCAGCAGAUCGCCUACAGUCCCUUCAACCUCCCGCACUACAGCCCCUCGUACCCGCCCAUCACGCGCUCGCAGUUCGACUACACAGACCACCAGAACUCGGGCUCCUAUUACAGCCACGCGGCGGGCCAGGGCUCCAGUCUCUUCUCCACCUUCACCUACAUGAGCCCCGCGCAGCGCCCCAUGUACACCCCCAUCGCCGACACCUCCGGGGUGCCGUCCAUCCCGCAGACGCACAGCCCGCAGCACUGGGAGCAGCCGGUGUACACACAGCUCACCAGGCCUUGA